AUAAUGAACCCGUUCGAACUGAUCCCUGUGAUCAAUAAUGUUCCCUGCAAGAUUGAAUCAAUCGAUAUCUGGGGAUCAAACAUAUAUAUAGGUACAAAUGAUGGUCAGAUACUGAUGUACAUCAUUGAGAAGGUGGAGAACACUGGAAAGAUAUCAUUCAAGUCAAGGAUGGAGAAGAAAAGGACACUAGGUCAUGGAAAGAAGCCUGUAGAGAAGAUACUACUAAUCGCUGAUAUAGGCAAACUGCUCACUCUCUGUGACGGUAACCUAGACGUCUUCAAUCUAUAUAACCUCGAACCAACCACCCCUAUUGGUCCAGCAGGCAAAGGCGUUACCACAUUCUGUAUCAAGAAGAACAGUCCUGACUAUAGACUCUGUGUCGUGUCAAAGAGGAAGAUAUCGCUGUUUGAGUAUGUCCGUGUGUUUGACUUGCACAAGGAGGUCAUCCUUCAAGACACACCUCUGGCUGCAGAGUGGUGCGGAAACACAAUCUGCCUGGGCUAUCGUAAGGAGUAUGCUGUGUUGGACAUCAACAAGGAAUCACAUCGAAUACUGUUCACAUUGGAUCGAACCAUGCCACGACCAAAGUUCAUUAUGGACUCUCAUGGAACACCUCUGUUCCUUCUGUCAACAGAUGACCUAGGCGUUCUAGUCGACAUGAACGGAGAACCUGUUCAAGGCUCGGUACAGUGGUCCUCAUCACCAUCUUUGCUCUCCUUCUGGACCCCCUAUCUGAUCUCACAGGUCAAUGGCACCAACUCAUCAAAGGUGUUGGAGAUACACGACAUUAUCAGCUAUCGACUGGUGCAAUCAGUCACACGACAUCUACACGCAUCACCGCCAAUGGUCUACACAGCAGUUGCAGAGGGCCGCUCCGAUGGUGGCGAUCUCCUAAUGCUAGCCAGCUCAUCACCACACUGUGUCUACUGUCUGAAUCUAAACAGCAUGGAUCAGCUCAUUCAGGCGAUGAUCUCCAAGGGUGAAUACGAGGAGGCAGUCCGAACCUUUGAAAUAUUCUUCAAGAAGGAGCAGACACUGAGCCAACAACAGGACGCCAACUACGACCCCGCAAUGGAGCGGGCCACACAUCAAGCCCGUCUUGCCAAGAUAUACGAACAGGCUGGACUGAACGAACUGCACCACUUUAAGUUCUCCACUGCCUUCAAGUACUUUGCACAGUCGCGCCUCGAUGCUCGAGCCCUGGUUGCUCUUUUCCCCUCACUGUUGCCCUACCAAACAAACUUCCGAUCGCCCCUGACUGAGAACCUGGCAGAGAUGAUCGCCUCAAGUCACAACACACCAGUGCGUCAGAUUGAAAUGAUGGACGAAGCCAAGCUCCAAUUGCUAGAGUGUCUGGAGAACCGAUUCCCACACAUCAAGGCGAUCGAGGAGCAAAAGGACAUUGCAUCAGUGCAGGUGAAACUCUAUGCAGAGUUCAAACAGCACAAGAAGCUCGAGUCAGUGCUCAGUCGUCCGGGCAUUGCUCUGUACCAACAGGACCUCGAAGAGUGGCUCACAAAUGAGCGUCUCUACUGUGCACUGGGACUUGUCUAUCAGUACACAGAGAAAUACCGCAAGGCCUUGGUGCUGUGGGCCAAACUGGACAGCGGGGAGAUGACCGAUCGACAUGAAUCAACCGGAUUGAAAGAGUCCAUCGAUCUAUUGUCAGCGACCAAUGGAAUAGAGCCCCCAAAGGAGUUGGUUUGGGAGUUCUCUGUCUACCUGCUAAAGACAUUAUCAAGACAUCUCCAAACCUUUUCAAACAACAACAACAACAACUCGAGACUCAAUCACAACAACACAAAGGAGCGACAACGUCUUUUGACAUUGCUAGAGUUCUCAAACUGCUACAAUGUUCCCACACUACUGGCACAGAUAAGGAACAGUCUACUGUAUGAAGAGUUGGUCAUACUGUACCUGAGGAGUGGAAAGUACGACAUGAUGUUUGACAUUAUAGUUUGGAAACUAAACGACUUUAAGAAGGCCGAACUCAUUUGUUCAACAUUCGAUCCUCAUCACAGUCUCUCAGUGGCCGCUGUCACCUCUGCCACUGCAUCACCAAUGUUGGCCAAAUCACCAUCCACUAGCUUGGACAUAUCAUCAAUCUCACCCGCUCUUCGUGGAGUCAAACCAUCAGUACAACAUUCGCCACACUUGUCAUCACUGGAUCCAGAGUCACCAGCCAAUGCAUCACCCAGCAGGAACAAUAAGGAGACUCUAUAUGAACCCAAGAGGAUGGAGCUAUUCCUAUGUCUACUCAAGACAUAUCUAAGAGCAUAUUCAUCAAACAACAACAACAGUAAUACUACAACAACACUACCAACUUAUGUAAUCGAAUUCCUUAACAACUACUACUUUGAGAUGGACCCAAUCAAGGUGUUGAAGUUGUUACCAUCAACAGUUCCAGUUCACACAAUAGAGAACUACCUGUCACAGUCGUUCACCUUUAGCAUCAGUAGCCAACGAGAGACAAUGAUCGUCAAGAACCUACACAAGUCAUUGCACAUGCACACCAAGUUUGAACAUCAGACUGUUUGCUCCAACAGUGUGGCCAUCAGUGGAGACAGUCGCUGUCCAGUAUGCAGUAAGCCCAUCGGAGACCGAGUGUUUGCCUACUUCCCCAACGGCAUCAUUGUACACUUCAAGUGCUUCCAGUCAAGCUAUAUCUGUCCAGUCACAGCACACAACUUUAAGACUGACCCGGCCAUUAAACCUGUAUCUGUUUGA